AUGUUGACGGAGAUCUUCGCUGUCGCCGGACCUGUUCAGCACGUUAAAAUCAUUCCAGACCGGAACUACCAGCAUGGCGGCCUCAAUUACGGUUUCGUGGAAUACAUGGACAUGCGCGCCGCCGAGACUGCUCUUCAAACCCUCAAUGGUCGCAAAAUAUUCGACACAGAGAUUCGAGUUAAUUGGGCUUAUCAAGGCCAACAAAAUAAGGAGGACACGACCGGCCAUUAUCACGUCUUCGUCGGAGAUCUCAGCCCCGAAGUCAACGAUGAAGUUCUCGCAAAAGCCUUCAGCGCUUUUGGCACCAUGUCGGAUGCUCGUGUUAUGUGGGACAUGAACUCGGGCAAGUCUCGCGGCUACGGUUUCCUUGCGUUCCGGGACAAGACCGACGCCGAACAAGCCAUUGCUACCAUGAACGGGGAAUGGCUGGGCUCUCGUGCUAUUCGUGUCAAUUGGGCCAACCAGAAGACACAGGGUGCUCCUGCGGUGGGUUCUUCUCCUCAACCAGCGCGCGGCCCAGUUGGCGGUGCAGGAAGUGCUCCAGCUCCGAUCAACUUCCAAGGGGGUCCCCUCUCGUACGAGGCAGUUGUUCAGCAAACUCCGUCCUUCAACACGACGGUAUACGUUGGCAACCUGGUCCCAUACUGCACUCAAGCGGAUCUUAUCCCUCUAUUCCAGUCCAUCGGCUAUCUCUCCGAAAUCCGCAUGCAGGCCGAUCGUGGCUUUGCUUUCGUCAAGUUGGACACUCACGAACAUGCUGCGAUGGCGAUUGUUCAGUUGCAAGGACAGAUGGUUCAUGGACGGCCUAUCAAGUGCAGCUGGGGCAAAGACCGUGCUGAUGGUGGAGCUGCUCCGGCCAAUCCAGUAAGCCCGACUGCCGCUGCUACUCCAUACGGCAACAUGCCAAUGUAUGGUAUGCCCCAGCCAACGACGUACGGACAAUAUGGUUUCGGUGGUUACGCCGGAUUUCCUGGUCAAGCUGGCGCAGCGCCUGGUGCUGCUGCCGCUGGUUCUCCUGGCAUGCCACAGGCUGCCAAUGCAGCAGGAGCUGGUCUCGGUCUCAACGUCGGGGCACAGCAGCCUGGUGCAGACAUGAGCGCUGCCAACACCGCCCAACCCGGGCAACCUCAGUGGGGUGCAACAGACCCUAACUACUACUCAAACUAUUGGGGAGGUUAUUACGGUCAACAACCUGCAGCUGGACAGCAACAAACUGGAGCGGACGCGCAAAUGCAAGGGCCGGCUUGA